AUGUUGGUGAUUACAGCCACUGCGAAGCUGACAGCACCAUAUUCCCAGAAAGACUUGUAUAUUUGGUUCCUUACGCCUUUGUACAGUAUACCACAGGUUUGCGUGGCCCACGCCAGUUGGGACUGCAUAACGGUGCGAACCUUGAAUGAAGAGCUCGAGACGUUCACAAGGGAUGCAUGGAGGGAAGCGACCUCUCCUACUGGGAUAGAUCAAAAGUCAACAUCUGGCCCUAUCGCGUCAUGUAACAUGGAAUCGUUCCACCGUAAUCCUACGCGUAAUGCGGAUAUUCGGAUUCACGCCGUUCAGUUUUCGCCUGGAGAACAAGUAUCACCGCUUCUAGGAACGAGCAUCGCCAUUUCGCCUACUUGUGGAGUCGCAAUAACUGGAGCAGUGACCGGCUAUGGACUUUCAACGCUCCUCAAAGUCGUGUUCUGCCGUAUCAAAGGACUUUACGAACGUAUCACGCAAAUUGAGCAAUACUUUGAUUCAUGGGAUGCCAAUAUGUUAUCAGACGCGGAAGAGGUGGGCAGAUGGGAAGUCCAACUGUCCAAAUUUCAUAGGGGAACCUCAUGUUCGAUCUCAAGGGUUUUUAGCACCCGAGACAGCUUAAAUAGUGGUAACAGCUCAAGCAGCGCUGACGAUUGGCAAGAGCAACUUAAAACCGUGUUCAUUGUUCGCGUUACACAUCUUCACACAUACACGUACCCAUGGGAUUCUUCCCAACUUGUGCACGUAUUUGCCUUGCUGGGGAUGAUGGGAUUUGACCUCUACAAGUCUGGACCGCGAGCUGAUAUCAGCCUGAAGAGAAACGGUAGCAACGAAUGGAUAGAAUUUCGACGUCGAGGCGAUUCCGAGCAAGACGAUUCCGCUCAAGAUGAUUCCGUUCAAGGCGACACCCCAAUAACAAGGCAAAUGAACAAUCAGAUAUCACUGAUUUCUGAGCUGCACUAUUCCGCAGAUUUGUUGUCAGAUUUUGUUGCUCGGGGGGCUAUCCGAAAGAAGACAAAUUUAUCCGAUAGAUUGGUCGAAGGAGAUGCGCCGGGGGCAAAGCAUGGAAGAAAUUCAUCAGUGCAAAUUCAUCAGUAUGCAGUCCGGCGCCAAAUUGGCGUGGCCACCACGGCAAGAACCUUUUUAUCGGGACCGACCUACUAUAUGGUUUACAUCUUCAAUGCAACCUUCCCUUUAGUUGACGAACCUACUCCUGUACAAAUCGUUCUUAACAUCACCCUAAUUGUGGUAUAA